AUGUGGAGCCGCCGUUGCCGCCGCCGCCGCUGCUGCUGCUGGGGCUGCCGCCGAGCCGAGAGACAUGGAGCGCGGCUGCAGAGAGCGGCCGGCGGCAGCCGCAGCAGCAGCAGCAGCGAGCGUCACAGCAACAGCGGAGCGCAGCCCCCCUCCACCCGCAGAGCCGAACAGCGCCUGCUGCACCUAGCUGCCCGCCGCGGUCGCGGUCGGGAGUCCUGCCGCCGCCGCUCUCAUCUCCUUCCCCGGAGCCCCGGCGAGCUGGAACAGGGGUUAGAGGAGCUGGCGCUGCUGGCGGCCGGGGAACGGCCGUCUGACUCCGGGGAGCAUUCUCAGGACGGGCCCGGGCCUCUAGCCGAGGUGGCCGGACUGCAGCCGCCGCCGCCGCCCGCCCAGGAUCCCGAGCAGCUGUCGGUGAUCCGGCAGAAGGAUCUGGUGUCGGCGGCCCUAGCGGGCAAGGCACUGCUCGAGAGGAACCAGGACAUGAGCCGGCAGUACGAGCAGAUGCACAAGGAGCUGACAGAUAAGGUGGAGCAAUUGGAACAAGAGAAACGUGAACUAAGACGAUUUGAGAACCAAGAAGGGGAGUGGGAAGGACGCGAGGCCGAGCUGGAGAAUGAUGUGAAAGAGCUUCAGGAUGAGUUGGAGAGGCAGCAAGUUCAUCUACGGGAAGUAGAUGGAGAAAAAACACAGGCUGUCCAGGAAUUAUCAGAACAGAACCAGAGGUUAUUGGCUCAAUUCAGCAGGGUCCAACUUUCUCUCUUAUUCUCCAUUGCCCCUUGUUUGUGGACUCACUGCCAGGAAUGGAACUGACAAAAGCAAAGUAUCCUUAGAGGGAAGAAGAAUGAAGCAGGGAGAGGAACUAAGCAAGCAAAAUGUAACGUGUUUUCAGGUGCUGCAGAGGGAAGAGAUGUGAACACUUUGACAUGGAUAAACGUCCUCCCACUGUGCUGAGAUCAUUGGGAGAAGCACCGAAUUGGAAACUGAGUUGUUUGCCCUGUGAAGUUUCCCGGAAUCUGGAUUUUUGUGACUGGCUCUGCCUCCGCGGCGCUGCUGAAUGUGCUCUGCUGA